AGUACCUAUUCGUCGGUUGCCUACCGUUAAUAAUCCUCGAAGAAGAAGAAGACGAAGGGAAGGGAGAAGAAGAGUAAACAGUGUUGCAGACGGCCUCAGAAUGUUUGGAAAACUUUUGUUCUUGCUGUUUCUCCCCGUUAUUAUCUACAAUGACCCUGCUGACGCACAGAAGAAAAAAGAGACUCUGCUGUCAGAGAAGGUAACUCAGAUGAUGGAGUGGACCUCCAAGCGUUCAGUGAUCAGGAUGAAUGGGGAUAAAUUCCGUCGCUUUGUCAAGGCUCCUCCCAGAAACUACUCGGUGGUCAUCAUGUUUACAGCCCUGCAGCCACAGAGGCAGUGCGGGGUCUGCAAACAAGCUGACGAGGAGUUCCAGAUGCUGGCUAACUCUUGGCGUUAUUCCUCUGCAUUUACAAACAAAGUCUUCUUCGCAACUGUAGACUUUGAUGAAGGAUCCGACGUCUUUCAGAUGCUUAGUAUGAAUUCUGCUCCGACCUUUCUGCACUUCCCAGCCAAAGGGAAACCUCGCAAGACUGAUACCUAUGAGCUGCAGGUCAGAGGCUUUGCAGCUGAGCAGCUUGCCAGAUGGGUGGCAGACAGAACUGAUGUGCAGAUCCGCGUCAUUCGUCCUCCCAACUAUGCAGGGCCUCUCCUGCUGGGCUUCCUCCUGGCUGUGAUUGGAGGACUGGCAUAUCUGCGAAGACACAAUUUGGAGUUUCUCUUUAACAAGAAUGUCUGGGCGUUCUCUGCACUGUGCUUUGUCCUGAUCAUGACCUCGGGCCAGAUGUGGAACCACAUCAGAGGUCCGCCUUAUGCACACAAGAACCCCAGUACCGGGCAAGUGAGUUACAUCCAUGGCAGCAGUCAGGCUCAGUUUGUGGCUGAGACGCACAUCAUCCUCCUCUUCAAUGCUGCUGUUACCAUGGGGAUGGUGCUACUGUGCGAGGCCGCCACCUCUGACAUGGACAUUGGAAAGAGGAAGAUCAUGUGUGUAGCAGGUAUUGGUCUGGUGAUGCUGUUCUUCAGCUGGCUGUUGUCCAUAUUCAGAGCAAAGUACCAUGGAUACCCAUACAGCUUCCUGAUGACUUAGAGAUCAACAGUGCCUCCAACUUUAAAGCAAGUAUGAACAGGGAGUUCCUCAAAAUGCUAAAUAAGCAGAGGACUGUCCAUGGCAAUGCCACUUUUCUGUUGGCUAAGCCAUGGCUUGUCUCAUAUCUGUUGAGCCAAAAGUGUGUGUGUAUACACACAUACACCCACACACUGUGCCUUCAAAGACUCACCAAGCAAUUCACUUUCCAACAACAGAGCCUCAACCAGUAUGCAUUCUACACUGUGCCAAAAGCUGGUGUCUUUCCGUCCAGCUCCUACUGGACACAAAUCUGUCUGCAUCUUAUUUUUCUGAACUUCCCAUCGGAGCUGUUGUCCAAGUUUUCUUAGCCUUGUGAAAAUCUGUAAUUUUGGAGACAUCCUAGAAAGCUCUAGGAUAGUAAUAAAUGAAGGUUAAAUGGUGACUCUUUUCUGUCCACUUGUCAAAAGGUUUUUAUUUAGAAAGAAUCAACACAUUUAAAAUGUUCCCGUUAUAAGUAGAAGCACUAUCGCAUAAAUCCAUUGAAACUCAGAUACAAAGGUAUUUAUUGCGGGAAACACAACUCUCCAUAUUUAUUGUUGUGCCUUAAACUGCCCCGUUACCGGGCUGUAGGAUGGCAUGUCCUGAGAUCAACUAAUAAUAGUCAUUUUUUUCAAGUGAUUUGUAUAACUCUUAAGGUAAUCUGCAUUCAUCACUAUUCUCACUCAGUGGUGGGCAGUUUAUAAAGUUAGAGGACACAAUGACCUGAGCUAAAUCAAUAUCUGUUUGUGGACAAAAAGACCAUCUAUCUAACUCAAAUAAACAGCCACCACCUGGUGGAUACACAAGUGAUGGAAUUGCCCUUUCUAUGUUUUUUACAUCAAACACUCAGGGUUUGCUAUGAACCAUUUUGUGAUCCAGUAGUACAAGUCAGUUAAGGGAUGGGAGUUUUAUAACAUUUAAAAACCCAUUUCAUCUUCAAAUGGUCAACUAAGAAAUAGCAGUUUGGAGGGGUGUUGAAAGGAAAACGUCUUUUUUUCCAAUUAAAACACAUCUACUAUAACUGUACUAAAUAACUGAUGUUUGGAUGAAUCAAGUAACUUGAGAACAAAGCAUGUUCACAUAUACUUUGUUUUCACCUGUAAUAGGUCUUUAGGUAAAACUGUUCAAAUGGAAAAGGUACGACUGGCAACUUAACCAUUUUCUCGUCCUGUUAGAAUAUCUCAUUAUAUUUGUUGUCACUUACAAUGAAGCAAGAAUAGCCUUUACUGGGAGUGGGAUUCUGAAAUGUGAUGUACACUAACUCAUUGAAAGGAUACUCAGAAGUACACAUUAUGUUGUGUUAAGUGCUUUGAAUGUUUGUGGUUACUUGAGGUGGUUAUUUCUUAUUAAAGUGCCUUAACUGAC